AUGCGUCCUGGGCUGCUGUUGGACCUUGACCGAGCUCUUUUGCAUUCUCUAGAGGUGGCAGAUGGCUGGAACUCCUUUUUCGGGAGUAUUCGAGAGCGAACCUCAUUAUCUGCUGAUAUCAGAGAGUUAGCCAUAUGCCGAAUUGCGAUACUCAAUAAAGCGCAGUUUGAAUGGUGUCAGCAUGCACCAUUGGCAAAAGAAGCAGGCGUUGACGAAAAGGGCCUCAGAGACGAACAAAACGAAGGCGAAGGGAUGACGCCGGAGCAGACGGCCGUGUUGCGAUAUACCGACGAAAUGACAAGGAACAUCGCGGUGUCGGAGACGACAUUUAAGGAUUUGAGGCUCUAUUUUUCCGACAAGGAGAUUGUCGAGUUGACUCUCACGAUCGGGGGUUAUAAUUGUGUCAGCCGAUUCUUGGUGGCAUUAGAUGUUGGAGAGAGGAAUGGGUUGACCAAUGCCAAGGAGUGA